UAUUGAUCUCUGAGCCAACUGCUGAAAUGUACUAAAAUCCCAAUUACAUUUAGGUUGCAAUAGACGAUACAGGUGAGUUACAGGUAGGUUACUGAUUCAGUGUUAACUAUUUGGAAUGACAAAAAUGUAAUGGAAAAAAAAAUGUGUUGCAGUCGGUGAGUAGGUUGAAGUUUAAGACGUUGCAAACCAGAAUUAUGGAAAUAAUUUUUUUUUAUUUCAAAUCUUUUCCUAAAAAAAAAUUGUUCCUCGCCAGGGCCAACAAAACGUAGUUUGGACGUAGCUGAAUGUAAACGAACAGGUCAUACUUCUGGUUAAUCAGUAAACAAUUUUUUUUUUUAAAUUUAUGACGUGCAGUGGUGAAAGUGAAGAUGAAAAGUUUUGUAGAAGAACCCGUUUCAAGAUAUAUAUGUAGGUCAUAAUUUAAGUACUCUCGGGCGAGGUUUAAAAGAACAUUACUAUUGUGCUUGAUAACCGUUAUGGCAGUCUUAUUGGAUCUCAACGCUGAUUAACAUCCAGCCUACUUUUCAAGCCUGAACGAUAUCUUGUUCCAUUAUUUGUUUGCUCUGUACUCGUUGAAUCUACUCCCUCCUACACUAUGCGUCAGUGCUCACCCGUUUCCAAAAUGCAACCAUUUAUCGAAGGGUGACAUUUGUGAUUUUGAGCGAGAAUAAUCGUUGCUGCCUUUCGUUAAGAGCGAAAUAAAUAAAUAUAAGAUUUACAUCGUGAAAUGUCAUAGACAUCACGUGAAGAAUGGUAUUCACUUACUAGUCAAUGUAUCCGGUGUUGAUGACAUCACGUGAAGAAUGGUAUUCACUUACUACUCAAUAUAUCCGGUGUUGAUGACAUCACGUGAAGAAUGGUAUUCCCUUACUAGUCAAUAUAUCCGGUGUUGAUGACAUCACGUGAAGAAUGGUAUUCACUUACUAGUCAAUAUAUCCGGUGUUGAUGACAUCACGUGAAGAAUGGUAUUCACUUACUAGUCAAUAUAUCCGGUGUUGAUGACAUCACGUGAAGAAUGGUAUUCACUUACUAGUCAAUGUAUACGGUGUUGAUGACAUCACGUGAAGAAUGGUAUUCACUUACUAGUCAAUAUAUCCGGUAUUGAUCAAGUUUGCUUUCUCAACAAAACAAAAUAUUUUUUUAAAAAUAAUAAUAAUCAAAGCCUAUCAAAGGACAUUUUAAUGCAGAGUCCUUUCAAAAACACUUCGCUAAAGUACAAAUUAAAAUGAUCAAUUUUCUCUUAUAAAAUAAAAAAAAUAUUUUUUUUAAAAUAACUCUUGUAAAGAUUGAUUUUCUUUGGCCAAGACUGUUUCAGUUAAAAAAACACUAUUUGAAGACUACGAUUCUCCACCUCUGCUAUUUAAAUUUUGUUAUUUCAAGUUUUGGGGGAGAAGGGGAUUAUGAACAUUUCCAAAAAGCAUCUAUUAGGUCAGGAGGAAUGGCCAUGUCGAACUUGAUUGAGAUCAAUUUUUGUGUGCUUAUUUGUGUUGUGAUUAAUCGUUCCGUUAACAGACAAACAUAGUCAUGCUGAACUUAAAAUGGAAUAUAUAUUACAAAAUAAUAAUAUGUUACGCCCCCAAAAUUAGUACUACUGAAACUGUGACAUCUUCAACACACAUAUGGGUGUGUCAUUGGUGCAUCACAGCCACGUAUUCCUAGUAUUGAAGUGGAAGAUAUAUGGGGCAGUUGUAGUUGGUAAUGAAUCUCUUAGAAAUGAAACAAUCCAUCAAAAAAAAAAAGUUUUUCGUAUAAAUCCUUCAUGAAAUAAAUCUAAUAUCGAACAAGGGGAGGGGGGGGGGGCUGCGGGGGAUGAACUCUAUUAAUAUUCUAAUGACCAAUCCACUUUUACAAAUUUCGUAUAAAUCCUUCAUGAAAUAAAUCUAAUAUCGAACAAGGGGAGGGGGGGGGGCUGCGGGGGCUGAACUCUAUUAAUAUUCUAAUGACCCAUCCACUUUUACAACGCAGAUUUAUUUCACCAACUAUUUCAGAAAAAAAAAAUCAACCAAAGCCAGCCACGAACAAAAGCGAAGUUAACAUUAAAGGAAUUAAACACACAUUCAUAGAUGUUUUGAAAACCCAUUGUUCUUCGAAGAUAAAAAUUAAGCCGCAUUGAACAUUCUUGAAUCAACCGAAAGUAAACUGAAAACCUUCCUUUAAGAGGCUUGAAAGAGCUCCGUUCUAAAUUAAGGCUUAUUAUAAAUGCCCAGCAGAUUUUUCAUUUCAAUUCUAGGAAUGCGUGGCAGUUGGAGCACUGCACUGUUUUGUUUUUUUUUUGACAUUUUUGCGUUAACUGCACUUUGUAUCUAAAAUUAUAUUUUUUAAAACAACUGGUUUUUAUUAGAUUUUCCAAGGAAAGAUGGACGGUAACGUUGAUUUCAAAGCCAGGCUGUCCAGCUUUCGUUGCCUUUUCAACCUUGACCCACCUCGAGCGAAAGAUAAAAUAAAAUCGAUUAAAAUCAAACUGGAAACUGAGUUGUUUGCGGACGACGACUCGGCUGAAGAGGUUGUUGAAAAACUCAAUCUUUUCACGUGGGUAGAGUUUCAUCUUGGCAACGCCGAGCUCGCCGGAACACGUAGCCGGAAAGUCCUUGAAAUGACGGGUGGGCAGAACGUCACAGCUGUCGUAAACCAAGCCCACGUGUCGCUGAGCGAGGGCGAUGGGGCGCGUGCUGAGCAGUGUUUAGAGAGGGCCGAGGAGCUGAGACGAAGCUGCGAAGGUGAGAAACUGAUGACCGCAGUCGAAGCUGAACUGGCGUACUCGUUGAGCAGGUUAGGCGGGCUUGACAAUUUAACACGUGCCAUUGAAAUGUACACCGAUGUUGUAAAAAAGGAGCCCGAAAUUUAUGCGUGGAAAUUCGGUCUUGGUUUACUGCACAGACGCGCGACACACACAAAUGUGACCGUCAACAUGGGUUCAAGAUUGUCUGUUACAGAACACGCCAGCUUAGCAUUUGAACUGCUAAAAGAUGUGGCAGAUCAUUGUCCGUACGACAGUCUCAAAGGUAGAGCAUAUGCUCAACUGGCGAUAAUUCUAUCGUACAACAAACGUUUCCAGAGCGAUAACAGGUUUGAAAGGUUUAUAGAUGAGUCCUUAAAAUACGGACCAAACGAUGCUCGAAUACUCACAGAUUGUGGGCGAACUUUACGUUAUUAUGACUUAAACAAAGCUGCAAGUCUUCUGGAGAAAUCUCUGAAGAUAAAAAUAAAUUCGACCACAGUACAUCAUCUGGGACUGUGCUAUGAAGAAAAAGCCAAACGUGAAGCCUACAAUAAUAAUGAUACGAGAAUGCGUGGUCGUUAUGGAUUUGGAGGUAACUAUAUAUUUAGUCGUCAGAGCACAAGUAGUGGGUCUAUCAUACGAAGAAGCCUCUCAAAAAAACUUGCACUCAGGAGGGACGAUCCUCUCGUAGUUAAAGCGAUUCAAUGUUAUCAAGCAGCUAUAGACAUUUCAUGCGAUUUUAAUAUUCCAGCUGUCUACAGUCUUGGGCUACUACUCAGCGCAUGUGGUGAGUUCGAAGGAGCUCUCAAGCAGUUUAACCAAAUAAUUCUUCUGACUUCAAAGAAAAGUUACACCGGUAAUGACCCACAGGAACUGCAAGAGCACAACGAAUAUUUUAUCACGGCCACCAGGGCAUACGAGCAAGGGGGAAAUUGUCUUCUGGAACUUGCAAAAUUGCCGGGGAAAACGAAGGAAGAAGUCGACACAUUAAACAACACCGCAGAGCAAAAGCUUUUGCAGGCCUUUAGUUUGGCUGCCACUUUGUCUAAUCUUGAUCCGGGAAUCAAAAGAUAUGAUUUGCUGGUACGCAACGCGUUCAAAACUCUAGAUACUAAAUAUGAAGAGAUGAAACAAUCACCGGCAAUCAUAAAGAGGUAUCUCGAGCUCUUGAACAGUUCGAGUAAAUAUAUAAGACUUCCUCUAGUCAUUGAAAAGCUCCGACAUUUGAGUGAAAAGAAAUUAACAGACCCAAAUGUCAUCACAACAGGAUUGGAGAGUUUUUUGGUCUUGAAGCAAUAUGAAUCCGCCUUUGCGUUUCUCACGUGUCCCAUGAUAGCCCAACGCUGCAGUGGUCAGCUCCAGGCGCUCGCGUCAAAGGUCAAUCUGUACACAGCCGCCUCUAGACUCCAAGCUUUGGAUAUCAGCGCUAAGUUCAUCUUAAAACCAUUUUUCGAUGCUUGCUUUGAGAGAGACGACACACAUCCCUACGAGCCUGAUCCUCGCCCUUUGGUAAAUGAUGAGACAGAAGACACGCAAGUAGGUGCCGAUGUUUUGAUCCUCUACGACGUAAAUGGGGGCAACUCAAGCGCUGAUGUUUCUGUUAAGGUGAACACGUUACAAGAGAUCAUCUCGGGAGACUUUGGACUGAGUGUCAGAAUAACUGAUCAAGUAAGAGCCAUUUAACAAAAAAAAAGUUUAUAUCAUUCCAAUUUUUACACACGAAAUACGUAUAGAUCUAUAUAAUAGUUUUUACUCAAAAUGGAUCAAUUAUUUUAAAAUCAUUCUAGUGUAGAUAUUUGUUCAGAGUGACGCAUGCCAUUUAAAUAUAUUUUAAAUUGAUUGAUACGGGGCGGACAGUAGCACAGGUCCCAAAUUUACCGAAGUUGAAGCAACAGCUAAAGCUGAUUCUGGUGGUGAUUUUCGAUUUUACAACAAUGAAAAUAUUUCUCGUUGAUGUUGAACUCAUCAUUACUUUAGACUUAAGCCCUUAUCUACUUUUAUACUUAAACCCCCACCCCCCAACCUUCACCCCUAAAAUCUCAAGACAGUAAUACAUUUAACGCUCGUGCUUUUUACAUCAUCUGUAAAUUCUCAUCGCACGUCUGGAGAGACACUUUGGACUUUAUUACACUCUGGCUGAAAAUCUUUUUGUUUCACCACUUUUUACAAAAAAAUCAAAACUUAUUUGUAUAAAAUAGCAAAUUAAAUUUGUAUCCCUUAGAUUUUAAAAAAAAAAACACAAACAAACAAACAAAUGUUCCCAUUAUAUGAGCGGCACUACGCUGAAUGAUAAAUUGUGUGAAACAUUUCACACCGACAUUUUGGGCACUCUAUCCGUCCUAUCACUGAAUUAAUAAAUACAUAGUCGAAUAAAUAGGAGUUUUUUCCUCAUUAUUGUGUAACUAUUUACUACGUAUGUUAAUGUUAUUCUGUGUGCACAUGCCAGCACUGAGGUUGUUACACUAAUUGAUCUUGAAGUAUAUUUCUUGACAGAGACCAGUCACAGAUCAAAUAAUGCCAGAGGAGCAGAUGCGAGACAUAAGGAGUUCUAGAACAGUUCUUAUUUUACUAAACGGAGACCCGCUCUCAAGGUUUGAAAUUAAAUGAAAGUUACUUUUAUUUUUUUUUUACAUUAUAUUUUUAAGAUGAUUUAUUAUUAAAUUGUAAAGAGAACAAACGUCAUUAAAAUCCAAUCCAUCAUAUAAAUUUGAAAAGAAAAAAAAAUUGAAGUAUAUUUCUAUUGGAAUAUUGUGUAAGCAUUGUGUAUUUGAAAAAAAAAAAGUAAUUUUAAUAUUUAUAAGAUUAUUUAAUUACUUUCUAGCGUUACUCAAUAAUUGUUUUAGGGUGUGCUCCUCUUACAAACAAUACAGGUUCAAUUUUUUUUUAUUUGCUAUUCGGUGGCGUGUGUCCUGUCCUAAAAUACAAUAACCUUGCCACCUACUUUUGUCCAAAUUGGGUUGGUUCCAACUUCAUUUUUGUUGUUUCUAAACUCGAAUUUUAGUGAUUCCAACCGAUUAAUAAUUUUUUUUUUUUAAAGUAAAAUGUAUACUUUUACUCUAAAUAAUUUCUUUUCUCUCAAUUUAUGUUGACGUCAUCCGAUCCAUGUUUAAAUAAGCCAAACCAUGGCAACUACCAAUGAUAUAAAAGCGGAUAUGACGGGAACCAAUCAAAUUUUCAGUCCGAAAAAGUAUAGUGUUUUUCCCAACGUGGUGUACCCCAUAGUCUUCCUCUUAAAUAAAUCAUUGUAAAGUCAUAAGAACCUUUUUUUAAAAAAAAUUCUAGCUCUUUCAUGAGUAUACUGGACCUCAUCCCAACCUCCGAGAUAGAGUGCAGUAAUCAAGGCAAGCCUGGUCCACACAUUUUGCUGGGGUUGAAAGAUGACAGUGUAGAAGUCCCGCAGACACUUUUGGUACAUGAUAAGAUCAAUCUGUGGAGACUCCUGGGUAGAACUCAAGAUUUGCUCAAACGUGACAAUAACGAAGAAGUCAAAGCUGACCCCCAGGGCAACGGUGCGAUGGCCCGUCAUGACGUCGGAAAAACUCGUCAAUUUACCAGCGAGGCUGAUCCCGUCGACUCGUCACCUUCAAAGCCGGGUGAGGGUGAACAAGUGCAAGCACCCCAGGGCUCCGGUGACGAAUUCAAUGAAUGUACCACGGCUAAGAUGUCGCUUUACUGUGCGAUGGUUGGCAAGAAGUGGCCCCUGUAACAACUCGACAGUUUGGUCAUAUCCCAUUAGAACUGUUUAUUUAUAUAUAUAUAUAUUCUACGAUUAAUAAAACUGUCCUAUUUAUCCACAACACUAUUGACAAUUUGUGUAUAAUUUGGCAUUUGCCAAAGAAAACCGUGGUGUUUUAAUGAUUUUUUUUCCUCAGAUGUUUACUGUGCUCGGUUCUUUGUGAUAUUUUCAUUUGUCCUGUGUGCUGAGGAAGGCUCUAUGCCGAAACGUUAUAAUCUUGUUGUCCUUUCCUUAAAUUCAAGCUUCCACAUACCUCGUUUACUUAGCUUGAAUGCAGUCCUUUAAUUAUCACAUUUUUAAGCAAUGCCUUUUCUUGAUAUUUCUGUCUUCAUAUGGCGAUAAUAAAGUUAUUUUUAUGGUAUUAAUAUGGUGCUAAUAAAGUUAAUGAUUGGUUUUCAAAUGGUGCUAAUCAAGUUAUUUUUACGGUAUUCAUAUGGUGCUAAUUAAUUUAAUUUUAUGAUCUUGUUAUAGCGCCUAUUAAAGUUAAUUUAGGCUCCAGUGAAUUCCAAAUGACUAUGUUAUCUACAAAUGUUUCAAAUUGGCUUUGUCCCACUCCUCCAUAUUCUGGAUUGAACACAUUUUAAUGUGGACAUUUCGAUACAAGUAAUCGAAUCGUUGUUUCCAUCUUAAAAUUUCCUUUCCAUUAAAAUAUACCAUUUCCUGAGAUCAAAUCAUAAACAAAUAUUUUAAGAGGAUUUGUUUACUCCUCUGAAUUGUUAUGAAUGAUGAUUCUAUGCUUUUUUAAACUGUAUAUAUGAUUAUGUUUUGAAGGAAUUUUAUGUUUUACUGUUAUAUAAAAUAAUAACUUUAUUAUUUUUUUUUAUUUAAUCACCUCUACCGAAGAGGCCUUAUGUCUUGCCUGUUGGUAUACAUUUGCUUUUUUAACCUAAUUUAUUGUGGGUCCUACAUGUGAAGUUAAAAUUACACUUUUCUUUUGAACUGAUAAAGUAUAGAACAAAAACUUCUUCUUCUUUUUUUUGCCUGUAGCUUGUCUCAGAAGUGUUUUCAUUUCAUUGAUUGUAGUGUCAUUACUUUCAGUCAGUUGAAUAGCCUGAACAAACUUUGAACGUCUGUCUGUAUUUAUUAAGUACUGAAAUUUUUGGUCAGGAUGCCAGUUCUUAUGGGAAUUUCCUAAGAUGUUUAUGAUUUGUCAUAUUUUUCACUAGAUUUUUUUUUUUAUUGUUUUUUUCGAUUAUUAGUUUUAUGUUUUAUGAAUUAAGUUGUAUGUAUUAUAACAUCUCAUUAACAUUGCCCUCUGAAGUUAGCAAGUUACACAUUAAUUGGAAAAGUGACCCAAAAAAACCACAUACAAUUAAAGCUAUAAAUUAGAGACAUAUUCCUGGGGCCGUCAAUUUAAUCCUAAACCAAAUAUUUUUUUGAAAUAUAUAACAUUGUAAAAUAAAUCUCUACAAGUGAUAUUCUUUUUUUUUUUUUUUUUACAAUAACUGUGACUGCAUGGUGCAACAGCUUUUUGAAGACACCAUUUGACAUCCCAAUCCAAUUUUUUUUAACAAAGUUAACUGUUAACAGGAGUGGUUUCUCUGGACAGUGCCGUAUAAUGCUUAUUUGUACAGAGAGCUUUCUGAGUGAAUACUUUUUUGUUGUUUUAUUUAUUUUUUAAUUUUUUAAAUUGUUUGUCUCUUCAAUAACAUUUUUAUGCUAAGCAUACAUUUAUGUCUUCUUCUUCUUUUUAGCUCUUCUCACUCACAAUGGAGCUUAAGCCAUCCACAAUACUUUCCCAUCUGUCCCUGUCCCGGGCUAUCUUUGCUAGCUCAUUCACAAUGGAACAUAGGCCAUCCACAAUACUUUCCCAUCAGUCCCUGUACUGGGCUAUCUUUGCUAGCUCACUCACAAUGGAACAUAGGCCAUCCACAAUACUUUCCCAUCUGUCCCUGUAGUGGGCUAUCUUUGCUA